UGCAGUUACUGCUGAGAGGAGAGAGAUCCCACCGGAGCUCCAGUUACUGAGGACACAGCACAGUGCCUGUUUAAAAGCUCUGUCUAUCUGUCUCUACUUCUGUCUAUCUGUCUCUACUUCUGUCUAUCUGUGUCAUCGGACCCUAACCUACUCCAACAUGCAGGACCAUCAACACUACUUCAUGAUAGCCUUCACAUGGUGCCUGGUGUUUCUGGCGCUCGGUCAGCAGGUGUCUGCCAGCCCUGUUCCCUCUGUGGAAGUCCCGCCCGGCUCUGGUCAUCUCCAGCCCGGCUCUGGUCAUCUCCAGCCCAGCUCUGGUCAUCUCCAGCCCGGCUCUGGUCAUCUCCAGCCCAGCUCGGUUCAUCUCCAGCCCGGCUCUGGUCAUCUCCAGCCCGGCUCUGGUCAUCUCCCGCCCGGCUCUGGUCAUCUCCCGCCCGGCUCUGGUCAUCUCCAGCCCAGCUCGGUUCAUCUCCAGCCCAGCUCUGUUAAUCUCCAGCCCAGCUCUGGUCAGCUCCAGCCAGAAGGUCAAAGGGCACUGAAGCGGAUGGCUCGUAUGACCCCGCUGUGGAGGACCAUGGGUACUAAACCCCACGGGGCAUACUGUCAGAACAACUAUGAGUGCUCCACUGGAAUCUGCAGGGGGGGCCACUGUAUGUUCAGCCAACCCAUCAAGUCCUAGAAGAGAAGACGGAGUAACGCUCCCAACAUUUUCCCCCAAUCAGUUCUCCAUUGACAACCCUCCCUCUCCUCUACCUAGCCAAACAUGCAGACAUUAUGUGGCUUAUGUUUAUCUAUGCAACACAACCUCUGUAUAGCUGAAGUAUGAGAAGGGUUAACAUAUCUUAAAGGAAGAUAUACCUAAAAGAUAUAUUCCUUAGGAUUCUGCUUAGGCGAAGGGGAUUUGGAUAUUUUAUGCUAGCUUUUUGACUUGACCAAAGUAAGUGGAUUACAUGCUGAGAAGCGUAAGUCUAGCCUAGUAUGACAGGGCUAAAGCAUCUUUAAGAAACGGUUUUUAAGAUGUUCCUAAGAAUGUAUAGUCCUUUCCUUAGGCAAGGGGAUGGGUUACACUCUUAGGAAAAAGAGUUCCAAAAGGGUUCUUCGGGUGUCCCCAUAGGAAAACCCUUUCUGGUUCCAGGUGGAACCCUUUUUGG